AUGGAGAACGGGGUUUCCAAUCACCCCAGCACUGCGCAGAGGCAUAAAUUAUUUGCUCAAAAUCUGGUCGGUCACUUCACGUGGACGCUCGAGCGGCCAAAGAGCCGGCAGCAUCUCUUCUUGCAGAGGAAUAUUUCGCGCAUCCUAGCACAUCACGAGGAACGGCUAAGAGCGCCCUCUUCUAGGGUUUCGCGGCCCUUAUCUGCUGUAAAUUUGCACAGCACUAGCGGCGCCUCGGGAAGCAGUAAUCCGAGAGGUACUGGGCGAGAUCAAGUGGUGAAUAGUGCUGCAACAGACGACGCGCUCUCUUCGGCGCAGCUCGUCACCGCCUCGGAUCAGGCUUCGACCACGGGAGCCGCCAUGACGACGGUUCAGCAAACCCUUCAGUCGAGAGACAAGAAGCGAGAGAGCAGUAUCCGACGAAGUACCAGAUUUAAAGAAAUUGUAGACAGAGUCUACCAGCAAGCCGGCGCCGAGCUGAUUCUUGAUUUGAGUAAUAUCCGGAAAAAGCUCAAUUUCAAGACGAAUUCUCUCGACGACGGUGAGAGACCUGCUAAGCGGCAAAAACGCGACUCGGUCCGGUGUUUAUGUCACUUGACAGUAUGGGACAACAGAGAUGGCUUUGCCGCAGUACCACUUACCUCCAAGUCAUCGUACUGCUGGGUGACUGGAGCAGAGAAUGGUGCCCAUGGCCACUUUGUGGACAUCGAGCUCGACAAACCUUUUAUUGUCCGGGCAGCAGAGAUCCGGGUCCCUGUCACCACCAAAAACGUGUCGGCCCUGGAGGUAAUAGACAAAUAUUUUCUGGAGUUCAAAAUCAUCCCUUGCAAAGCUGGCAGCCGCUGGCCACCGAUGCCCAUCUUGGGUAAAAGCGAUGGCGAUCAUUUUGGUCACGACAUCAAGCAGGACGGGUCAGAAGAGCUGCAAGGUGCCAUUGUGGCUCGAUACACACAUCUUCCAACCCCUCCAGACAUUAAUGUCCCGCUCAGCGUGUUCUUCCUACACGAAGGGAGGACAUAUAGGACGAAAUACGGCCUACAAGUGAUAUCGGCGUGGCAAAAGGCUGACGCCGGACGCGUUGAACAGGAGAGUAGAGGCCUGAAUCUCGACUCCUUCCUCAGAGAUCAGCCUGAUGGCAUUCAUCCGCAUGGAAAGGCCAAAAAUCAACAAUUGGAACCCCUGGUGGCAUUCCUCCAGGAGAAGUCUCUUCCCAAGCCAGUACCACAAACCCAGCCAGAGGUAUGCUACAGCUUCUCCGGUAGGUUUGCCCAGAGGCCAGACGUGGCGCAGGAAUUCCGGAAUGCCACCGUCAGGGGCUACCAAUGUCCAGUAUGCACGGCGACACGGUGUCGCAAGUUGGAAGAACUACAAUUCCACCUCACGACCAUGCACACAAAGUAUACCUUUUCUGUGAAGCCUCGUAUAGAUCCCGCCACGAACGAGGUGUGUCAAGUUCACAUCAAGGUGGAUCAACCCAAGCGGUCCACUGCAAGGAAAGGAGCAGAUAACGGAGAGAUGUCGUGGGUAGCGCCAACCUCAGCAUUCGACCUUCGAGGCUUCAUGUCCGGUGACCACAGCUGGGUAGGCGGACCCGCUCCAAUCAAGGUUCAACCCUCCAGCAGACCGACCAUCGGGUAUCCCUUAGCGGAAGAUGUCCCUGAUUUCCGCCUCUCCAAUCGCAAGAAGAUCAAACCCAUCCCGCUGGAGACACGAGGAGCCGACGACGGGCCCGAAUAUAUGUACACGUCAGUCUCUAACCGACCUGUCUCACCUGACGAAGACCCGCGUUCUGAAUCAGACGAUGAGAUUGACAACGAAUGGCAAAUCGCCAUGCAGAUGGAACGACUAGACCUGAUCGCGGAAAGGGGGAACUGGUCUCCCUAUGAACGCGAACUGGCCAAGCGCUGGGAUCGCCAUCGCAUGGAAGAGCAACUCGAGCAUCCGGCCUACAUUUCCAACUCGCUCAUCAGGUUUGCCAGGAAGCAUAGGCAGUGGUUGAGAAACUCCGGCGGCGACGAACUCCUACCCUGCUUCUUCGACUUCCUGGAGAGAUUGAAGGAGCGCGACGUGAUCGACAAUAAUGUGGUCAUGGACGUGAAUGAGCUGAUCUUUGUGGACGAUCCGCCGCAACCUUUUCCCACGACCACGGGAGGAACUACCCCGGUAGCGACGACGACUACGACGACUCCACGGCACGGGACUUCGAUGCCCCCUCCUGCCACGCCGGUUCAACAAGUACCCGGACAAGUGCAGGAGCACGCGCCGCAGACGCUCGCGCCGAAAUUGAUGUGUCCUCUUUGCAGCAAAGUCGUCAAAUUCAAACCCAAGCGCAACGCCGCCGUCUUCUGCCAAGACCCCAGGUGCGCGACGCCCUCCCAGAGGUAUCACCUAGAAUGCAUCCUCCCUUCAACCACUUCGCGAAAAGGGAAGGAGAGGGCCGUCACACCCAUCAGCGCCCAGGACGAGGCGCUCACGUCCAUGUUGAGGGUAUGGUCGUGUCAGGCGUGCAAAGCGAGGCGAAAGGGCCGGGCCACGUCAAAGGCAGAGGGAUCGAGAGGUGGUGGGAAAAGCAUGGCAAAGAAUCCGAGUACCAGGUAUAGGGAGCGCAGUGGGUUGGGAAGUGCACAGGUCUGA